AUGCAGACCAACAUUCUCGCGCUUCUCGCUCUGGCAGGUGCCUCUCUGGCAGCCUCGCCAGUCGGAGGAGGCUCCUGGACAAAAGUAUCUCCCAGCUUCGAUAUCCAACAGUGCGCAGGAGGCAAAGUUAGCGGAAAUAGCUUCAGCAUUCCCAAGAGCCCAAAUGGCGAUACAGGUGGCUCGGGAUGUUCCAAUGGUCACCUGCGAGCUGAGCGCCGGUACAGAAACAACUAUUCUUCCGGCGUUCACCAAUUUGCCGGCACAUUUACAAUCAACAGCAAGGGCGGUGACAGAAUCGCCAUUCAGCAAACUUUCGACGAGGAUGAUGGUCCUUAUUUCAUUAUGGCCGUCAAAGGCAGCGAUUUGUACAGCGUUGAAGGAGGUGGCACUAUUGCCAGUGGUGUAGCCGGUGUUGGAAAGAAAGUCACCAUCAACACUAUUCAUGACGUCGGACAGAAGAAGUUUACUGUGUACGUGAAUGGCGUUCAGAAAUUUUCCGAGAGUGCACCCUCCGGAAACUUUUAUAACAAGCUGGGGUGCUAUACCACAAACAGCGGCACGGGUCCCAUGAGCAUCACAUGGGAUGAUGUCGCCUUUUGGACAAGAUAG